AAUGUGAGGAAGAGAAGGAGGAGGAGGAGGAGGAGGAGAAAGAGGAGGAGGGAUUUACUCGCACAACUUUGACACGAACGCACAGCAGGCGCGUGCACGAACAGUGGCGUGCGCGCGUGUCUUGGCUUUGCGACAAACAACUUCUGGUUUUGGUUCUUUUGGGCCGGCACACACACGGACGGGCGACCACAAGGUUCGUCCAGGACUGGAAUGACUCGGAUUUGGGACGUGUCACAGCCGAGUUAGUUUGUGUCGUCUUGACAGCCAGCCGCUGUAAUCCAUCGUCCUGCGGGGAGGGGAGCAGUGAGUGCUGUGCGGCUAGCACGGACAGAGCUCCGAACGGAACCGAGCAAAGCUGAACCGGAGCGGAGAGCCCGCGACAUGCCCGUCAGAAAGAAAGACGCACAGCGGGCGCUGUCCCUCCUGGAGGAGUACCGGGCCAAACUGAAUCAUGCUGAGGACAGACAGCUGCGUGUCUCCAUCCAGAGGGUCAUUGACAUCUUCCAAAGUAACCUCUUCCAGGCGCUCAUUGACAUCCAGGAGUUUUAUGAAGUGACCUUAUUGGACAGUCAAAGAUGGGUGGAGUCUUCCAAGCCAGUGGAUGUGGUGGUGCCGCCCGUCAACCUGUGGGACUUCUCCAGCCUUCAAAGCACAACCGUGACCUCCGACACGCUGCCCAGCCUUAGCACCAGCAUCGAGGACUCCGCCCUCCUAAACGAAAUCCUCCACACGUUGGCCAAACGCUUGCCAAAACAUGACACACGUAAGUACCGGCACCAUGAUGAGGACUCGUCCCCUCAGGAGGACCAGAGCUCGCCCCAGCUCACAGAGGAGGCGGGCGGCCCAGAGCUGGUCCAGGUGUCUGAGAAAAAUCUUUCCCAGAUUGAGAAUGUGCACGGCUACGUCACCCACGCUCACAUCUCACCCAUGAAGGUGGCAUCUCUGGAGUGCGUCUUUGAUGGGUCAUCAUUGUUAGGACACAACCACCAGGAGCUCUCCUCCCCAACACUCUCCUCCCUCUACCCUCAUGGAGAGGAGAGCCCCCUCCCAUCCUGCUCCUCCAACCCCUACCCCCCAAUCCAGGCCAAUCCACCUCCUGUGAUGGUGAACGCCGACAGUCUGGACACGCCCCCUUACGUUAAUGGAACUGAGGCAGACUACGAGUAUGAGGAGAUCACAUUGGAGAGGGGAAAUUCGGGUCUGGGCUUCAGCAUUGCGGGUGGCAUAGACAACCCCCACAUCGGUGAAGACCCCAGCAUCUUCAUCACCAAAGUCAUCCCGGGGGGCGCUGCUGCACAAGAGGGACGGCUCAGGGUCAAUGAUGUCAUCUUGCGUGUCAACGAGGUUGAUGUUCGCGAUGUGACGCACAGUCGGGCUGUGGAGGCACUGAAGGAGGCGGGUUCUCUGGUUCGACUGUAUGUGCGCAGGAGGAAACCUGUCUCUGAAAAAGUGAUGGAGAUCAAACUGGUGAAAGGACCCAAAGGACUGGGCUUCAGUAUAGCAGGCGGAGUGGGCAACCAGCACAUCCCAGGUGAUAACAGCAUCUAUGUGACCAAGAUCAUUGAGAGUGGGGCCGCCCACAAAGAUGGCCGACUGCAGAUUGGAGACAAGCUUCUGGCUGUGAACAGUAGUUGUCUAGAGGAAGUUAGUCACGAGCACGCCGUCACUGCCUUGAAGAACACUCCUGACGUGGUCUACUUGAAAGUGGCCAAACCCAACAGUGUCUUCAUCAACGAUACCUUCGGUCCUCCAGACCUCACCAACUCAUUCUCACAGCAUCUGGAGAACCAUAUCACUCCCCCUAACUUUCUGGCUCAACCCCUCCCUCUGCCGGCCUCAUCUGGACGUUACUCGCCGACCCCGAAGGGCAUGCUAGGAGAUGACGACGUUUCACGGUAUAAAAUGGAGCCCAGGAAGGUGGUGCUGCAUCGUGGCGCCACGGGUUUGGGUUUUAACAUUGUUGGUGGUGAGGACGGCGAGGGUAUCUUCAUCUCCUUCAUCCUGGCUGGCGGGCCUGCAGACCUCUGUGGAGAGCUGAGGAAAGGAGAUCGCCUGGUCUCUGUCAAUGGCGUGGACCUCCGCAGUGCUACACACGAGCAGGCUGCCGCAGCUUUGAAGAAUGCCGGGCAGACGGUGACCAUCAUGGCCCACUACAGGCCGGAGGAGUACAGUCGCUUUGAGGCCAAGAUCCACGACCUGAGGGAGCAGAUGAUGAACAGCAGCAUCAGUUCUGGCUCGGGAUCCCUGCGGACCAGCCAGAAGAGGUCGCUGUAUGUCAGAGCUCUCUUCGACUAUGACAAGACGCGGGACUCUGGUCUUCCCAGUCAGGGUCUGGACUUCAGGUUUGGAGACAUUCUUCACGUGGUCAAUGCCUCCGACGAUGAGUGGUGGCAAGCCCGGCAGAUGACGGCCUGUGGCGAGGCGGAGGAUGUGGGCGUGAUCCCCAGCAAAAGAAGGGUGGAGAAGAAGGAGCGAGCGCGGUUGAAGACGGUCAAGUUCAACCCAAAGUCCCGUGAGCGAGGGUCGCUCAGUGACAAGCGUAAAAAGAGCGUCUUUCCCAGGACAUUCCUCUUCUACAAGAGUCGGGAGGCGAGCGAGCAGGAGAGCAGCGAUGUGGAGCAACACGUCACCUCAAAUGCCAGUGAUAGUGAAAGUAGCUACCGUGGGCAGGAGGAGUGCGUCCUGUCAUAUGAAGCAGUCAUUCAACAGGAAGUCGGCUACGCACGACCCGUCAUCGUCCUUGGGCCCAUGAAGGACCGUGUGAACGAUGACCUCAUCUCAGAGUUCCCUGACAAAUUUGGAUCGUGUGUUCCACACACGACACGGCCCAAGCGCGACUAUGAAGUGGACGGUCGGGAUUAUCACUUCGUGGUGUCCCGCGAGCAGAUGGAGAAGGACAUCCAGGAGCACAAGUUCAUCGAGGCAGGGCAGUACAACAACCACCUAUACGGAACAAGUGUCCAAUCUGUCCGAGAGGUGGCCCAGAAGGGUAAACAUUGCAUCCUGGAUGUGUCGGGGAACGCGAUCAAGCGACUCCAGCUCGCGCUUCUUCAUCCCAUUGCCGUCUUCAUCAAGCCCAAGUCGGUGGAGAACAUCAUGGAGAUGAACAAGCGGCUGACAGACGAUCAGAGCAGGAAGACGUUCGAGCGCGCCGCCAAGCUAGAGCAUGAGUUCACAGAGCACUUCACAGCCAUUGUCCAGGGCGACACGCUGGAGGAGAUCUACGAGCAGACCAAGCAGAUUAUUGAGGACCAGUCAGGUCCUUUCAUCUGGGUCCAGUCCAAGGAGAAAUUGUGAACGCCGUCCACUUUUAUUUUGAAAAGUUCACCUGCCCUACACCCUUUCCCCUCAUGGGACACUUUUGGGCACCCUCAAAGAACUAAAAAGACUGAUCUUUUUUGUGUGGCCAACACAAAAAGCAAAAACUUUGCACGUCAGAGCUUUAAGAGGCUGUCUCCCUCCAAUUCUCACCUGUUCUCUUCAAAGCACUCCUCUACAGUCGCUAGAGGGGGCUGCUUUUACUGCUCACAUUAACCCUUUAAUGAGGACAAAAGAAGGACAAAAGUGGUGGAAUUGAACAAUUUACUAUAAAGUUUACUAAUGAGCUCUUCAAAGUCUGUGGCUUUGUUAUUGUUGCAGUGACCUACUGGUGGCGUCUCAGCGCAGGACAAGGACAUUCUGAAGCUAAACUGCCUAUUUUAUUAUUGAAAAAAAGUCUAUAUUGAAGUCAGCAUUAUCACUAAUCUUUUCUUUGAUCACUUCCUGUCUUUUUUAACCUAAUAAAAUCUGUUGAAUCAGUUUCCAUGGAGACAACAAACACAUUUACUGGCAGCUUUUAUUGUGAACAGACAGGUGUCACCUUUGACACCCCAGCACAGUGGAGUGUUUUCAGUAGCUCGACAACAGGAAGUGGAGAAAUAAAUUACAACUCAGAAAUAACCCCAUAAAAAUAUCUCCACUUCAAACCUUAAAAGUUAGAAAACAUUUUGUUGCACGCACGCACAUACACACAGAGUCCUGCAGUAUUUACACACUAAGCCCGCCCCCUGCCUGGGGUUGGCCAAUCAGCAGCUGCUGUUCUUGAACUCUCCGUUCUCAGUGAUGGACAGCUUCGUGGGGUUGCCGGGCGACAGGCUGUUUCGGAGGUUGGCCGAGCCGUAACGCUCUUUCACUUGCGUCAGCGCCGCCAUCAGACGUGAGUUUGUUGCGUCCAGAGAGUGGAUCCGCUUCUCCUGAUUGGACAAAGGACACGAGAGGGCAUGGCAAGACUCAGACUGACAGAUGAAACAAAGUGUCAGGUUUAGAUCUCAUCGCAACUAAAAGACAAAUUUGUUUUCCUUUUUCCUCAGAGAUCCUGAACGCAUCUUUAUCUGCUGCGAUGUGGUUGGACCCGAAAGGAAGUAACUUAAAUAGUCAAAACAAACUAGAAAGCAAUACAAGUCAAGCUGACCAUCUGAGGUGGGCGGGGCCAAACACAAAAGAACAAGCCCACACACCUGAAACGUGUUCAACCAACAUGACACUCGCCACUAGGCUGCUCUGUGAUUGGCUGAACAGGUUGGAGGCAUGCAGGAAGGGGGUGGGAUUUCAAUUACUUGCCUGCUUUGUUUAUUUUGAUCCGUUACUGACCUGCAAUCAGUACAGAGACAAAGCAGCACUGCUUCAUCACAGGUAUAGUGAGUACCUCAGACCGCCAUGUUGUGGCAGGUCAUGUGACGAUGUAAUUUCCUUUGACGUACCUGAGCGUCAAUGACUUCCUGUUUAGCUUCAAUCACCGUUUGCAUCUCUGCGUGGUCACGUUUUAACUCCUCCUCCACUGCCAUGAGCCUGCAAGCACACGC